GUAUAUAUCCAUAUACAAAUACAUAUAUAUAUAAAUACAUAUAUUUUUUUUAUUUUCUGCAAUUUAUAUAAACAAUUAAACUAAUAGUAAAGUCUGCCCAUCAAACACAGAUAGAUAGAUACACACCCUAGAUUAUCAAUGACACAUUUGAGUGAUUUUUCAUAUUUACAAAGAUGCGCCUUAGAAGCAUAUAUGGCUUUAUUCUUAUUGUAUAGAGUCUGGGCAAAUGACAGAUUUAAAUGUCUUCAUCCAAAGCGAAUUUUUGCUGGUGAAUUAAGAAGUAUUAUUACUGUAUUAUAUAUAAUGAUGCUAGUAAUGCAGACAUCAUGGGAUGUGGUAUCAACAUGGAUUAAAUAUACUGAAAAGUUCAUUGUUGUACCUGGAACCGACCAUAUUAUAUCUAAACCUUAUGAUAAUUGGACAAAUCAACAUAAAGAAGUUGCUCAGGCAAUGGAUUAUGUAGAGUGUGUAAAUUUAUCUAUGCAAACGGGCGUCUUUUUCUUGUUGCAAUGUUUUUGGAAUUAUCUGUCUAAUGCAGUUGCUAAAAGGACAUUCAUGAGUUCUUGGGAAUUCAAGUUUUAUAUUUUUUGGGCUCUUGGUAGUAUUGCCAUUUUCCCUAUAUUGCAAUGGUAUUUUAGAGAAGAUCCAACCAAGAGAGAAGCUAUUCCACAAUUAGCAUAUUCAAUUGAAGUUCUUAUUACUUCAGCUUUAGGUGUUCGUUCUCAUAGACGAUUUAAGAGAAUUUUAAAUAUCUCUCGCAACCUGAAGCAUGGAGCUGCUAAAAUCGUAGAAAAACUUGCGUAUUUUAAAGAUAUGAAUAUUUAUCUUACUAUUAUUCUCUUUUUUUAUGGAAUCAGUCUUUGUAUUCUUUGCAUUGAUGGUAUAACUUCAACUAAGACUAUUAAUUCUAAUAAGUUUGCUUCAGACCUCUUGAUUGCCUUUUGUAAUGUAUCCUCCGUCUUGAUGUGGAUUGUUGGUAUUUCUAUAUUUCAUCCUCGACAUGGUAAUUCAGAAUUAGGUUCUUCACUCGGUUCAAGAAGUAUGACGACAACUCAUAAUCAAGAGGGUGAUAUAGAAAUCAAUCAUAGUGAAAGCAAGACAAAUGGUGGUAGUGCUCAGCAUCAUGUAUCGAAUCAUAGUAAUGCCCUUAUCAAUGAGUCCUCUACAGUUCAUGAAUCAAAUGGAAGAAAGGAUCUGAUGAAUAAUAAUAAUAACGGUCAUUUCUUAAGACCCAUGUCUCCUGUUGAAGUCGAUUACCAUCAUCCUUCUGUUAUCCAUGAUCGUUCAUUUUCACCAUCUACUGCACAUCAUUUUAAUAACGAAAACAAGUCGACAGCCAUGUUUUCAAGUCAUAACAUGACUACUGUAGAUGACCCAUAUACGAAUCAUCCUAUCAACUUUGCUAUGGUUGAACCUUCAAAAAGGUAUAAUGAUAAUAAUAAUAAUAAUAAUAGCCAACAGAGAGAUUCUUAUGAUGACCUGUACCGUUCAAAUUCUUCUCCAGUCAAGCAGCAUGAUUAUCCUAUGCAAAACUUGUAUGGUACUACGGCUGCCUAUGAUAAUCAGCAGGAUGAUUUUAAAUUCGAUCCAUCUUCUGCUGUUAGAGGUGAUCAUUCAUUUGAUUAUUUGCAAACACCCAACAGAGCGAAAACUAAUAAUAACGGAUUUUUUUAAGAAGAGAGGAUAAACUCACCAUUUUUAUAAAGUAAUCUAUUUAUAAAAACAUAUACCUAUUUUUAUUUUUUUAUUUUUAUUUUUUUGUUAUAUUCUUGUUUAGGUAGUAUAGCAUUAUCAUAACUAUUACUCUCAUAUUACUCUUCUUCUUUUAUUUAUUUAUUUAUAUAUUUAUUAUAAAGCAUUCUUAUAUUGAU